ACGUUCUACAACUCUCCCUCCACAACACCUACCAAAUUGAACCAAAAAAAACCCUCCAAAAAAAAGCAAAAAAAUGAAACAUAUAUUCUUGAUCUUGUUCCUUUUCUUCUUGAAAUGCAUUGGCAUUUUGGCUCAAGCUCCUGCUCCAGCUCCAGGUCCACCACCUCCGCUAAACGUGACAAAGAUCCUCGAAAAAGCAGGCCAGUGCUCGACAUUUAUCCGUCUACUUCAGACCACAACACAACUCAAUGAAAUCACCUCACAACUCAACAAUUCAAACAAUGGAAUCACUAUGUUUGUGCCAACAGAUAAUGCAUUCUUGACCAUGAAAGCAGGAACAUUGAACUCUUUCAAUGAUCAACAAAAAGCUGAACUUAUCCAAUUCCAUAUUCUCCCUACAUACUAUUCACCCACUCAAUUCCAAACUGCUAGCAACCCUUUAAGGACACAAGCUGGAGGAACAAGCAACAGAGAAUUUCCUAUAAAUAUAACAACGACGGGGAAUUCAAUUAACAUUACAACCGGGGUUGUGAAUGCAAGUGCUUCAAGUACUAUAUAUACUGAUGACCACCUGGCUAUAUAUCAAGUGGACAAAGUUCUUCUUCCUUUAAAAUUCUUUGUUUCUCCAGCUCCAGCACCAGCACCUACGCCUAUAACGCCGAAAAAGAAAGCAGGAUCCUCUGGUUCUUCAUCUAAACAAGAUUCUUCCUCUGCUACUUCUAUGUUUCAAGAAAUGUAUAAAGGGGUGAUCUACAAAGGGGGAAUUUUCCUUUUCUUCUUUUCUGCUGCAUUUUCUUGGAGUAUAUAAGUAUGAUGUUAGUAUUUGUAUGCAUGUAUGGUUGUGAUUCUUUACCUACAUUUAUUUGGGAUUGAAUUUUGAGUGUUAAAAUGGUCUUGCUAUUAUUUGUUUUUUUGAAGGCUUCAUCUUGGUUAUUAGUUGGUAUUUGUAUUCAAGAGGUAUAUAAAAAAUACAGUGGAUUAUUCUUCA